AUGGUCCUCUUCGCUUUCACUUCUUCUUCUUCUAAGCUAAAACAUUCACACAAGAGCUUCUCUGAGUCUCUAAUGGAAGACAAUAUCAAAGACGCUGAAGCUAUCAUCCAUCAAUGGAUUCCACCGGAACUUCUCGACUCUUCUUCUUUCUGCUGCAUCUCCUCUCUGUUCUCCACCGGAAACAGAGAAGAAGCGAGACGAUUCAUCGGAGCUGUCAACAGUUUACACUCUGGAAUGGUUACACUAGUCUCCGUGAAUCCAUCAUCGAUGAAGCUAGUCCGAGCUGAGAAUCUGAUGAAAAUCUCCAUGAAUCAUCUAUCUAAAGAGUUUUACCGGAUUCUGAAAUCAAAUCGCCGGUAUCUCGAUCCAGAAUCCGUCUCCGUUCGGUCUCGAGUCUCUACCAAAAGUGUUUCUGAUGAAGACGCCAUGGCGGAUUUGAAGAUGAUCGCCGAUUGCAUGACGACGUCUGGAUACGGCAAAGAGUGCUUCAGGAUUUACAAAAAGAUCAGGAAAUCGAUGAUCGUCGAAGCUUUGGAUCGGCUCGGUUUCGAGAAUCUGAGCUUCUCGCAGAUUCAGAAACUGGAUUGGGAGGUUAUGGAGAAGAAGAUCAGGAAUUGGUUAAGAGCGGCGAGAAGAGCUUUGACGACUCUGUUCAGCGGAGAACGAAUCCUCUCGGAUCAUGUCUUCUCAUCUUCCGCCGCGAUUCGUCGCGAAUCUGCUUUUGCAGAAAUCACACUAGAGAGCGCAUUGGCGAUGUUCUCUUUCCCGGGAAACAUGGCGAAAUGCCGGAAAUCUCCCGAGAAAAUCUUCCUCACUCUCGACGUUUACCAAUCCAUCACCGAGCUGUUACCGGAGAUCGAAAAAGUUUUCAGCUACGAUUCGACUUCCUCCGUCCUAUCACAAAUCGCCGUUACCCUAACCGAUCUCGGAGACGGAGUAAUUUCGAUGCUCGACGAAUUCGAGUCGUCGAUUUCGAAAGAAUCUUCGAAAUCCCUAAUCUCCGGCGGCGGAAUCCACCAGCUCACUAGGUACGUCAUGAAUUUCAUCGUCUUCCUCGCCGAUUUCAGCGACACACUCUCCACAAUCAUCCCGAGAACGUCGCUAUCACAUUUCCCGGAAGAAAACUCCUCCUCCGGCUCCGGCGACGUUAAUUCAUCAUCAUCGCCGCUUGAGAAACGAAUCGCGUGGCUGAUCCUGUUCCUGCUCUGCAAAAUCGACGCGAAAUCUCGUCUCUACAGCGACGUAGCUCUCUCUUACCUCUUCUUAAUCAACAAUCUCAAUUACGUCGUGGUCAAGGUCCGUACGUCGAGUCUAAAGGAGAUUCUAAGCAGCGAUUGGUUGGAAAAGCACGAAGGGAAAGUGAAGAAGUACGUCGCCAAAUUCGAGGAAAUCGUUUGGGGAGAGAUGAUGACGUCACUUCCGACGGCGGAGGAGGAAGCGGAGGAGUUUCUCAGUCGGUUUAGUGACCGGUUCGAGGAAGCGUAUAAGAGGCAAACCGGUUGGGUUGUAACCGAUCCGAAAUUGAGAGACGAGAUCAAAGUUUCGGUUGCUAUGGUGAUUAUACCGACUUACUCGGAGUUUUAUAAAAAGUACCGGGUCGGGUUAAGAAAGAAUGUCGGAUUUGCCCCUGGAGAUAUUGGGAACUAUCUUUCGGAUCUGUAUUUUGGGUCUGGUGGAUCAGGGACCUUUUCGUCAAUCCACUCUUCUGACUCUUAUGUUUGA